AUGAACUACAUCAACUUGAUGGAAAAAACCGUGCGACGAAUGGAACGACGAGCUCAGCGCAACGAGGCCACUGGUCGUGGCCAUCGGAACUUUGUGGAAAUGGAUCAAAUGGUUGAGCACUUGAGAAGAAUGUUAACCGACUUGAGAACCAUGACUCAUGCAAGACUAGAACAGGAAUAUCGUAAUCUUGCGGAAAACUUUGAUUUGUUCCGUCCUCAUGGAAGAGGUGCAAGACAGGAUGAUCCAAUGGCUCAGAAUUAG